AUGGCGGUCUUUAUUGCGGGCGAUCUUCGUUUCUGUCAAUAUGGCCGUGGUAUGGUUGAUUGUGCGAAUGCCCGUGGACGAGAGGUUACUCUGCACGAUGUCGAAAGCAGCGGUGGUGAGAUGACGAGCAACGCAGACUACAUAAUACUGGUGGUUGGGAGUUACGGCGCUUACUUUCGAUUGACCAAGGAUGAGGUUGAUCGUAGGUUUCCUUGUAUCAUUGUGUACACACCAGACCCCGUGCCCGAAGAGGAUAGGAUCUCCUUUGUAAGGAAGAUGAAGGAGGAGUUGGAUCUCCCAGUGUUAGCCAUUGCCGAGAGUAGUCCACGGUCGGUGAAGAAUUUCUCUCUUUUCGUAGCAGGAGGAUGCGACAUAAAGUGGUUGGGACUCCGGCCUAGUGAUGUGGUGGCGUUAAAAAUGCAUCCACGGUGUAUGCGGCCCAUGAAUAGCAAGAAUCUUAAGCUAGCGCAACGUCUCUUGGAAAAAGAUGCAGUCGCGAAGCAACGUCCGGAAUGGGUUGAGGAGCUGAAGAAAAUGGUGGAGACCCGCAGCAAAGUAGAAGUUGAGGCGUUGUCCCCCUUAGGGAGGAGCUUCUUGUCCAACGUUUAUUUUCCAGACAAGAUGAGGCAGAGGUUUGGUGGCCAUGCUCGGGUUGGAUGGGCUCAGAGGUGGACGAGGGAGCAAAAGACGGUACGGGAACGCCGGAUUGGGAGAGGGACUGUAAAAACGAAUCCGUCUGGGACAUCCGGGCUUCAAGCUGAGACAUUUGGGCCACCUUGGCUUCAAGCUGGUCCAUGUGGGCCACCUUGGCUUCAAGCUAGUCCAUAUGGGCCACUCGGGCUUGAAGCUGGUCCAUCUGGGACUUGA